GGUUUCCUUUCACCCUUGGCCCUUGAGUUCCACGCAGCCACGCACCUCCUCCAACACCCUUGGCCAUGUCGAGCCGGCUACCUGGAGCUCGUUCGGGUGGCUUGACCCACCACAUCCAAGGGCCUCAUCUCAUCCCCAAUGUCGGACGAGAGGCGAUGCUGGGGGCGGAGGUGGUGCGAAGGAAACCGAAGAGCAAGGCGAAGCCCAAGGCAGAAUCCAAGGCGCCGCAGAAGAAGGAAAGCAAGAAGAAAAAGAGGACCUCUCCAUCUCACCCGCGAGCAGCUCGCCCCAGCCGCUCGAGGAGUCGCCGGAAGCGGGUUGUCUCGCUCUCGCGCGCGGGGUCGGAGCCCUCGGAGGCCCCCGAGGAGGUCCGCGAGCCGGUCCCGGUCGACGUGCUGCCGAGGGCGUCACGGAGUCCCCGGAGUCCCAGUCCGCGGAAAGUGGUCUCACGAUCGCCUGAAGCAAGACGACAGCUGAGUCGUUCUCCAGAGAUGGAUCAGUGGUCUGAAGCCCAGGCACGAGAGGCUCGCAGGAUUGAAGAAGAGAGACGACAGCUGCAGCUCUUGAAGGAAACCCAGGAGAAGCGCCGGAAGCAGGAGAACGAGCGGCGGAAGAACCUGGGAGGUGUUUUUGCCCUCUCGGCCGAUGACUUCGAGGAAGAAGAGAAGGCCAAAGUGCAGAACACUUCAGAGGAGCGGAAGGAGAAAGCGCAACUGCCGCGGGUGAGGACUUCAACUCGACCUAAAGACCGAGACCGAGACGAACGAGCUUUGUUGGAUGACGCUCCUGGCAGUGGCUUUGAGAAGUGUUGGAAGAAUUGGGACUUUGCCAAAGGUGCCGAUGAUCCAGCCGAAGUCGCGCGGCAAUUCAUGCGGGUCACCGCCGCCAAGCGUCGUGGCUAUGCGCCGCGCCGGAGCCGUAGUCGUGAGCGCUAGGACUGAGGCGGAGUCUCCAUGCAAAAGACCUGAGAUCGUUCCGUGGCAGUGGAGAAGAAAAGGACGCAUGCCAAUGCUGACAUGAAGGAACAAUGUACAUAACAAGGUGCCCUUUGGUGUCAAGAAUUUCCUG